AUGGCCAUUGCGAUUCCCAACUGCCACGACACCAAAGAGCCGCGCGGGAAAAGAGCGGUGACGAGGCAGGGUCCUGCCGGGGGGUUGCGCUCCGGUAAUUAUCCCAGCCUGACGCAGCAACUGAAGCUUGAAGUGACCUUCGACGCGCGGGUGGAUGCACGGUUGCCAGCUGCCAGCGGCAGAGGGGUGCCUCAGAUGCCUCGGGUGCGCCCGUUUGAUACAGUACAUGGAUACAUGGAUACGUCGGACCUCGACUCCACAGAUCUGGCUCCAAUUGCGGGUCGAGCCAAGCCCACCCUGGUCCCCACCAACUUCGAAAAAAAGUUUGACAACGAAGUCGCCCUACAGAAGCCAGAGAUUCAGUACCAUACCAAUCCAAACUUCGUCGAGAUUUUCAAGAUGCCGUCGGCCGUCGUUGAGCUCUAAGCGCCCACUGCGGGCGUGCCAAUUGACCCCGGCACGCCUGCAGUCCAGCAGCCUCAACGAGAUUCCCAAUCCUGCCCGCCCUUCGACGAAGUUUCUCGCAGACUUUCACCGUCUCGAGCCCAUAUCCGCCUCCAGACACGAGGCUUAUGCUCGCACAGACAAACGAGAGUCUGCCCUCGAGCUGAGAUCCACAGGUUCUAUCGUAUGCCCGCGUCUCUUGCACCCCG